AGAUGGUCAUUCAGGAAGUGCCUGAAAGUCCGUCUUCUCACUGCUAAGCCCCCGUCAAAUGCUAUUCUGAGCUAUGCGUUGUAUUUAUUUAUAAAUUUAAUUCCUCACUUAAAAAUGAGAAGCUGCCUUAAUUUCUUUUUUGCAGAAAAACUAAUUAUUGCUCAGGAGUAGAUAUUUCUUAAUUGAGUUGUGGGUCUCAGUUUUAUUAGAAAAAAUGCUAAUGAAUAUAGGAUAAUAAACUUGUAAAUUCAAGAAUCACAUUUUAUCAAGUUUAAGUAUAAUCAAAUGCAGAUUAUUCUUUCUAUGUUGUUGCAACAGACACAAACAUGUCAACUCUUAUAAAAUAUGGAAAAUAUGAACUAUUAAACUUUUUUGUUAAUAGUGCCUUUUACUAAUUUUAUUUAUUCCAAUAAUUCUUGCUUAAUUUGUUCUUUUGUACACUGCUAUUCAGUAAAUCAUUUACAUUUUAUAAUUAAGAAAUAUGACUAACCUGGAAUAUGGAAUAUGUAACUAGGCAGAAAGUCCCCUAAUUUUAAGGAAUGGAUCCAGGUUAGGAGUUCACGAUCUAUUUUUAUAAAGUCUUUAGGUUCUAAUAAUGAGAAGAUAACGCAGUAUAUUGCUAUAUGAUUUAAUUAUAAGUGUACUGUAUUUUUCACACUAUAAGACACAAUUCCCUCCCCCCCCCAAAUGGGUGGAAAUGUCUGUGUCUUAUAGAGCGAAUAUUGCAGCGGGAGGAAGGGGCUGGUCUGCUGCCUGACACUGCUACUGCCAUUUGCCACCAACAGGGAAUGCUGGAAUCUUCACUGCCAAGCAGCUGAUCAGCCGUUGGAUCAGUAUCCUGGAAUACUGCCUAUCAGCUGUUCUAGGCGGUGGGGAUCAUUCAGUGAUAAUUGGCAGUGGCAAUAGGUGGCGAUAGGCAAUGACGACCCCUCCACUUAGAACAGCUGAUCGGCGGUAUUCCAGGAGUCCGAUACAAUCACCGAUCAGCUGCUCGAUAGCAAAGGCUCAGCUCAGCUGACUGGUGGUGGGCUGCAAAGGAGCGGAGCUCUGACAAGCCAUGUGCUGGGGCUGCAAUAACGUGCUGAAACUGACCACGCUGUUUGCUGUUUCCUUCAAGGAUGCUAGUCAGAUGAAUAUCAGAUGGAUGUUGGGAGGCAGAGGCAAUUUUUUUUUCAUUUUUGUUUUCUUCCUCUAAAGUUAAUGUGUGUCUUAUGGUCCAGUGCGUCUUAUAGUAUGAAAAAUAGAGUAAUUCUUGAAGUAAUUCUAUAUAGGUAUUUAUAUUUAUUACAUUGACCUAAACAUUAGGAGACUCUGACUUCCAGGUGUCCAUGAUGCAUGAAAGCUGCCUGAGUGGCUUUGAGUCAGUCAUACUUAGCUGCCUCACAGGAUUGUUAUUUUGUGGGAAAACAGGAGGCAGGAAUAUUAGGUAUAUUUACUGCUUGAGUUGACCAAAUUAAAUAGAGUAAAAAUAUAAGGUUCAAUUUUUUUCUUAUGUAUAUUUUUUUCUUUUACUAUAUAUUCAUGAUUUAAUGUAGACUAUUUUGCAUUUCAUUAUUUCAUGAAUACACUUUUUUUUAAAAAUGCUUCUACUACUAAGUACUAAGAACUAAGUAUGCUACUAACACUUCCAAUGGGCCUAUUCAGUUUAUGUUACUUCUGCUGUGUUGGGACAGUUUCAGCAGAUUGCUUCCCAUACUGUUCUGAGAAAAUGAAAACAAGAUUUGCAUUGCAUUUUGUGCUGAGCCAAACUUUUUUUUAAACCAAGUAUAGAAAAUAAAAUAUGUUAAAUUACCUCCCCAUAAUAUGUCAAACUUUGUUUUACAGACUACAGUAUCUAGAUCUAUGUAUCACACUAAGCCACUAAAUACCCAGGGCUUAAGUGAUUUUAACAUGGAAAGUAUGGUAGCUGCUUCAUUGAGUCUUUCUACUUAGAUCAAAUGGAUAUAUUUGUGUGACAGAUAAAAUACGACAUAAUGCAUACCAGAAUUAAUAAUGCUGGAAUUGUAUUAGUUUGGCCUGUUCUUAGGAAAAAAGGACCAUUAAAUUUGGUAUUGGCGUUUUAUGUAAAAGUGCAAGAGACUGCAGUAUUAAUUAAAAAGCUAAGCUUUGGAUGAAGCAUAUCUUAAUAAAAUAAUUUUAAUAGUUUUCUUUUUUUGUUAACAUAUUGUUUGUUUUAAUCAUGCUCAACAGUGAAAUAACACCUGAAGGAAGAAGAAUCACAAAACUGGAUCAGAUUCUGCUGAAUGGAAACAAUAUAACUAUGUUGGUUCCCGGAGGAGAAGGACCAGAAGUAUAAAUAUUCAUUUGACAUCACUGCAAGAAGUUUCGUUGCAUAUUUUGUGUUGAAACAUAUUCCUAGAAUAUGUUCUGAAAUUUGUUAAAUUUCUGUUCUUAUAUUUCAUAGUGAUAUUUAAAUAUAACAUAGCUCCCUUUUCAAGGAUGCGGCAUCUUUAAUAAUAGUUUUGUACAUUAAAAUCAUGACUGUUGUAAAAACAAAAUUAAUUUGCCAUUAGGGGCAAGAAAAUAAAAUGUUUUUUUAUUCUGACUUGUAUGUGGUUUAAGUAAGAGCAUGGAAUCAAGUAGAUGUAGUUAUUUUGAGCAUUUCUACUUUGAAUUAAGGCAUUACAGGGUUGGGAAACAGGGAUUUGGGGAGCGAGUGGCUAGUUAGUAUUUUAAAUAACAGAAAAAAUACCAUUAAAUACAUAAAAUAAUAAAAUCGUGAUUCCAAAAGCCUAUUUGGGGUUGGUAAAGGGGUUAUUUCUCUUAUGAGUUUUCCUUUAAUUAAUUUUUGUACCCAAAAGAUGAGACUAUUUUCUCCUUGAAUGAAAGCAAAGGUUGUUAUUUGAGGAAGUAAUAAAUGAAAGGGAGAGAUUUUGGUAUAGGGCACUAGUCUAGAAGAUUGAUCAGGUAAUCCUCACUUAGCAACCAUAGUUGGGACUGGCAACUUGUCAGAAAUAGUAUAGGGUCUCCUGCUUGAGCAUGUUGGACUAGAUGGCCUACUGUAGAAGAUCCCUUCCAAUUGUUAAUCUAAACUCUGUUGUUAUUAAAUUCUGGGAUUGCUGCGUGACAGAUGUCUAUUGCAAAUUUAACACAUUGCUUUCAGGUUGGUUGUUAAAUCACUGUGGAUUGUUAAUCAAAACAUCAUGUGACUGCGACUUGCAUUUUUACUGCCAGCUUCUCCAUUGACUUUGCUUGAUGAUAGCUGGUUGUGAAGCAUUCAAAUGAUGAUCAUAUGAGUGUGAGACACUGACAGUCAUAAGUAUGAGGACUAUCAUAACUUCAGUGCCAUCAUAACUUUAAAUGGCUACUGAUGGGAAUUGUUAAGUGAGAUCUAUAGUACUUGCUUCAAUUAAAAAAAGAAUGUAAUAGGAA